AUGCCUACUCAAGUUCGUAUUUUUGCUAUGCCAAAGUCUCUUGGCGAGACUCUCAGUGGCAGCUCAUCAACACCUACGCCUCCAUCUACCCAAACCCAAGAACGCAAGAACGAGAGGCCGGCGAGUCCUGAACUCAGGGGCCGAAUUCCAAUAAUGGAGACGAUACCAGAAAAGCCUAAGGAAGGCGGAAUCACGUUUGCUCACCAGGACAGUUUACCUAAGCUGCCUAUACCAGACCUGGAACAAACGUGCAAGAAGUACCUGGCCGCUCUGAAGCCGCUGCAAGGACCCAGAGAGCAUUCUGAAACGAAGCUCGCUGUCCAAGAGUUCUUGAAGAAAGAUGGUCCUGAACUUCAGAGGAAAUUACAAGAGUAUGCCAUUGGAAAAACAAGUUAUAUAGAACAAUUCUGGUAUGAUUCGUAUCUAAAUUUCGAUAAUCCUGUCGUCCUAAACCUGAACCCUUUUUUCUUGUUAGAGGAUGACCCCACGCCUGCGAGGAAUAACCAGGUCACUCGUGCUGCAUCCCUCGUCGUAUCGGCGUUAGACUUCGUGCGAGCGGUACGCCGAGAGGAAUUGCCACCGGAUACAGUUAAAGGCAUACCCUUAGAUAUGUAUCAAUAUUCGCGACUUUUUGGCACUGCUCGUGUACCGACUGAGAACGGUUGCCAAAUCGAGCAGGACCCUGAAUCUAAGCACGUUGUUGUAUUAUGCCAUGGUCAAUUCUACUGGUUUGACGUACUUGAUGACAACUCGGAUCUUAUUAUGAGCGAAAGAGAUAUUUCGAUCAACCUCCAAACAAUAAUAGACGAUGCAGCUCAAACGCCUAUCCAGGAAGCUGCCAAAGGGGCUCUUGGGAUUCUAAGUACAGAAAAUCGAAAGAUUUGGUCUGGGUUAAGGGAUAUCCUCACUAAGGAGGAGGGGUCCAACAAUGCAGACUGUCUCGGUAUUGUCGACUCAGCUUUAUUUGUGUUGUGUCUAGACUACACGGAGCCCUCUACAGCAGCUGCACUGUGCCAGAAUAUGCUUUGCGGUACGAACGACGUAGUGAAAGGAGUACAAAUUGGCACUUGCAUAAAUAGAUGGUACGAUAAACUUCAGAUCAUUGUGUGCAAAAACGGAAGUGCGGGUAUCAAUUUUGAGCACACUGGCGUUGAUGGUCACACCGUACUUCGAUUCGCCAGUGACCUUUACACAGACACCAUAUUACGCUUCGCGAGGACUAUCAAUGGCCAAGCCCCCAGCCUCUGGAAAACGGCAAGUCCGGACCCGUCUAAGCGUGAUCCGGAGAGUUUUGGGGAUGUCACCACGACUCCCCAUAAAUUAGAAUGGGACAUAUCACCAGAACUUAAUAUUGCUAUACGGUUUGCCGAAACUCGACUUGCAGAUCUCAUCAGCCAGAACGAGUUUGAAUGCCUGGAUUUCAGCGCUUAUGGUAAGAACUUCAUCACGUCCGCAGGAUUUUCUCCAGAUGCUUUCGUCCAGAUGGCCUUCCAAGCAGCCUACUAUGGGCUAUACGGGCGAGUUGAAUGUACCUACGAACCAGCCAUGACCAAGACUUACCUUCACGGCAGGACUGAGGCUGUUAGGACGGUAUCGGAGGAGGCAGUAAAUUUUGUUCAGGCGUUCUGGGCAGAUAACCCUGCGGAGGCGAAAGUAGAAGCACUACGUAAAGCAUGCCAGCAGCAUGUUAACGCCACUAAGGAAUGUUCAAAAGGACGGGGUUGCGAUCGGCAUCUAUACGCCUUAUUCUGUGUGUGGCAAAGGUUUCUAGACGGGGAUAGUCGUUCGGGGAGUAGCUUGGGGUACUCGAGCCCAAUGGAAACUGGCUCGGAGCAAGGCACCGAGUCCGUGGUUGGCAGUCCUGGCAAGGAAUCCGUACUAUCGAGCAACGAAGAUUUGCGAAUGCGGCAGCGCGGCGAUAGCAUUAACUCGCGGUUUGCAGACCAACAAGUACCAGCUAUCUUCGCGGACCAGGGAUGGGACAAACUAAACAACACGAUCUUAUCAACCUCCAACUGCGGGAACCCAUCCCUACGGCAAUUCGGGUUCGGGCCGACAUCGGGCGGCGGCUUCGGCAUCGGAUACAUCAUCAAAGAAGAGGGCAUCAAUAUCUGCGUGGCGAGUAAACACCGUCAGACGAAGCGGUUUGUGGACACGCUUGAAAGCUAUCUGUUGGAGAUGAGGCGAAUACUGCGUAUCACGAAUAGACGUGGCACGACCUCACGGCAGACGCGCGCUAGGGAAAUCGACCCGGAUAAGCCGCGUACGGGACACCAUCAUCGUCCGAAUAAAACUCGUGGCCGCAUGAUCACCGGGGCGGAUAACUUGCGCGCGCUAGCGGCUCGGUCAUCGACCGGGACGAGGAGUCCGACGGAAGAGAGUUUGAUGAUGAGCGAGGAUGAUGAGUUAGGCGGCUACGGUUUCUUCGACGCAGGCAUGCUUUUACAAGCGCUCAAAGCACGCGGCGAGGCGCUCGACCAGCAGAGCGAGACAAAAGCCUCGGAUCGGGCGGCGGCGAACGCGCGUAGGAGAGAGAUUGGGAAGAAGUUGCGGCUUGUUGAGUAUUGA